ACUGUUGCUUAUGCCGUCAUCACGCAGGAACCCGGAAGUGGUCUGUUUGCUGUCAAUGCCAGCUACAGAGAGAAGGAGGCACCGAGAGCUAGAAGCCCGCAUUUAAGAAAAUGGCAGGACUGCCCCGCAGAAUUAUUAAGGAAACCCAGCGCUUGCUUGCAGAGCCUGUGCCAGGCAUCAAGGCAGAGCCAGACGAAGGCAAUGCGCGCUACUUUCACGUCGUCAUCGCUGGACCUCAGGACUCGCCGUUUGAGGGAGGCACAUUUAAACUUGAACUCUUUUUACCAGAGGAAUAUCCCAUGGCAGCUCCUAAAGUACGGUUCAUGACCAAAAUAUAUCAUCCCAAUGUGGACAAGCUGGGAAGGAUAUGUCUGGACAUUUUGAAAGAUAAAUGGUCACCAGCUCUGCAGAUUCGAACAGUUCUGCUAUCUAUCCAGGCUUUGCUAAGCGCACCCAAUCCUGACGAUCCCCUAGCAAAUGAUGUUGCAGAGAAGUGGAAGUCCAAUGAAGCUGAAGCCAUAGAAACAGCCAAGACAUGGACCAGGCUUUAUGCUGGAAACAAAAAUGAAGUGUAAAGCAUCCUCACAGGUGGAAACACAAGUGAAAGUCAAGUGAACACAACUCAUCUGCUGCCAAGACCUCCUCCUGGCUUCAUUUGCAUUUAAAGGACACAGUCUUUUAUUUUUUAUAUAUAAAUAUAUAUGUGAAAACAACUGCUGAUGUUCUAUGAUUUCAAUGCACACUAGUACUGAAUGACUUGUCUAUGUCCUAACUCACUACUACUAUUCAAAUGCAUGGGCAGAGGUUUUAGAUCUAUCCACCUGGCUUUCUUUGUCCAAUUGGGAGGAGAGGGUGUCUCAACGUCCCACAUAUCUGGGGGAACGUGGCUUUAGAGGACUGAGUGGGGAUGGGAGGUUGGCUAGAUGUGAAAGUUGAUGUACCUUUUUUAUGUUUCUUUUAAUUUUAUUUUAUUGUGUCGCUGUUUAAUAAAAGCAUUUAACUACAACUACUAGCCCACUGUAUACACUCACGUAGAGGACUUUGUCCUGAGUAGAUCUCUGCUUUAGGUGCCAUCUGUUUUCACUAGCUGCACUGUAAUAGGACUAAAAACCAAACUGAGCCUGCCUCUGACCUCUCAACAUCUCCGUGUUAACUUGGAUGCCCUGCAAGCCUCUGGAUGGUAAAACUGUGAGUGAUGGAGAUUGUGGACCUUUCUUUAUUUUUCAUACAAACAGUGUGUUAUUACAGUACUCAGAUUUUUUUAUGACAUGUUUUCUGCUCUUCCUUGACUAACUACUUUUACUUUUUCUUCCUUUGGGUCAACAAGGCUCAGUAGUUUCCCUGCUCCCAUUAAUAUUUAUUUCACAAAGGAGUGGUUACGCUUGAGUCAUGAGAUGUCUUGUGUUGUGACGGGAACAGGUGUUGGGAUAGGAGCUUUCUGGGUGGCGCUGAGACGGCGGCCUGUCCAUGAAUCAAACUCAAACACAUGAGCGACGGCUCUGACUCCAAACUGUUGUGAUUGGUGUCUGUUCAGUUCAAUGUGUAAAAUAAUUAUAACUCAAGAGGAGCAGGUUUGCUGCUCAAAAUGCUAUGAAACUGUUCACCUGCAUACUUUUAUGUUCUGUAAAUAAACUGUUGAUUGAU